CCAAUCACCAAUUCAAGCUACGCAAUGAAUCGAAUUGAUUAAGCUGUCCAUGUGCCAGAACUGUUUUCAAUUGAUUUAUUGUUCAUAAUUUUUCUGCCAGACUUAUUCGCAACUGUGUUAAUAAGAGAUGUGAGCAUUUUUCUGAUAAAACUGAUCAAAUUCGAAUUCGCUUGACAGUUUGACUGGAGGAACGAAUGAGUAUUUAUAACCAUGUGGUCACGCUGUGUACUGUUAGCCACCCUGGUGUUGGGGUUUCCCACUGGACACGCCAUUGACUUUUCCAUCUAUUCCACGGAGAGUGCCCUCGCUAGUUUUAUCGACACCUUUUCAUCCGGGCUGGCUGGCAUGGCCGGUAAUCUGAUACAAACGGUCGUGGAUAACCGAACGAUCGAUCAGGAGGUCACUUUUUGGUGCGGUCGGCGAGGGUAUACGAAUCUCCAGCAGACAUUCGUGGAUGAUAGCGCAAUUGGGAGCAAACUUGAUCUUACGAAGCCUGUUGCCAUUAUCACCCAUGGAUGGCAGAGUAGGGGGAACGUUACGUGGGUACAAGAAAUGGCCGGAGCUUACAGCAAAUACGUGGACAGUAAUGUUUGCGUAGUGGAUUGGUCUAGGUUUGCCCGGUACGGUUAUGCGAUCGCGGCCAAACGGAAUACCCGAUUGGUGGGCAAUUAUUUGGCGGUUUUCAUGCAAUUUUUGACUCGGAAUGGAAUUACUCCGUCCAAGAUGACCUUGAUCGGGCACAGUUUGGGGGCCCAUGUCUCGGCGUUUGCUUGUAAAAACUUCAGCGGUCAGGUGAAGGAACUGUAUGGAUUAGAUGCAGCGGGGCCACUUUUCACUUUGCCGAUUGACGUUGGAACGAAGAAUAGAAUUGCCUCCACGGAUGCUGGAUACGUUCAGAUGAUUUAUACGACCCGUUAUCUGCUGGGAACUGGAAAUCCGAUUGGCCAGGCCAACUUCUUCCCGAAUGGAGGUUACCAUCCCCAGCCUUCAUGCUUGCUUCCGAUGUUGACGUAUUCUGAUGCAUAUGUUCCCCUAGCCUGCAGUCACUCUCACUCUCAUCAAUUGUUUACAUUGUCGCUGAAUCCAGCUUACGUGUACAAAGCAAAAAAAUGCGGAACAUAUCCUACCUAUUUGUUGGGAUUAUGCUUGUACAACUCCAAUGAUGUAUUGGGGAUCUACUCGAAAAAGUCUUCUGGAAAUUUUUACUUUAAUCAGAAAGUGUUUUAUCCGUUUGUUUAAAAAUAUUAGCUUGGAUGAAUUUGAUUGAAAUAAAAUAACUUUUUUUGAGAUCAAGUUACAUCCAAUGUGUAACCUGAUAUUGAAACACUCAACAUCCACAAGUGGUGAUGACCAAUGUCAGAUCUGUCUGGACCACACUGUCCUGACAGUUUGUUAACCAUGUCAUGGUCGUUGAAUGGCUGGGAAAUACUUUCCACACUUUUGGGUUCUCCGCAACCGAUCUGUCCAUUAGAGUGAGUUAUUUAUGUACUCAUUGUGGACAUUUAAUACAAAGCGCCAGUUAGUGUCAGUUGGUUGAUAUUCCCCGUGGCUUUUUACAAUAGUAAUUCACUAAUUGGUUUAAAAGUCACUUCCCUUUUUUUCAAUUUGCGGUUCACCGAAUGUAUUAUGUUACACUUUGUCAGCUCCUAAUUUUCCACAUGAAUAUAAAUUGCGCUGCAAAUUUCCACCGCACAAACCAGAUGGUCCCACGCACGCAUUAUUUUAAAUUUUGCCGCAACAAAUUGCGGCAUUAGAUGUGCCCUUACUUAUAUCCGCAUUUGAUGUGCCCGGGGGUCAAAUUUACGAACAAUUUUUCCGCCCACUUUUCAUCAUCAAACAAAUCAAAAAAAUGAAAUGAACACGCUGGGUCUUCUGUUCACGCACGAGCUUUGGUAGUAGGUAGCUGCUGCCAACUGCCAGAGGGGGCUUUUGCGCGCCUUUCUCCUCAACGUGUUUCUUUCAUCGUUGCAUAGCACAGGGCAAAUUUUCAUUUAUCAAUUUCAACGAAACGUAAGUGUGAUGGUGGGGCGGGACUUGCAGG